AUGCCCGCAUCGUCGCUGUUGGGGUUAGAGAAUUGCAUCCUGAUGAUUACCUCAUAUGGGUGGCUGUGCUACGGUACUGCUGCCCAUGGCCUCGCAAACAACGGCAUGAGCGAUGUGCAAAGAGGUGUGCUUUCGCGUGAUGACCCCGAAUAUGCGUUCAGGGUGAUUGGAUCAAAGAUUCAGGUAGCAGGGUGGACAACAGCAGCGUGUCUUUUGUGGACGCUCAAGCUGUGUGUGACAUUCUUUUAUAUGCGCCUUACUAAUGGACUUGAGCGAUACCCCAUGCGCAUUCGCGUCGCGAUGGCGCUCAUCCUCUCCACUUUCAUCGUUGUCCUCAUGACAAUAUACCUCUCAUGUCGACCAUUUCACCACUACUGGCAGAUAAAGCCUGACCCUGGAAACGCCUGCCAAGCGGCUAUCUCGAAACCGAUCCUUUGGGUAUCCUUCAUUUUGAACGUCUCAACGGACACGUACCUGUUCCUCAUUCCGAUUCCUAUGCUCCGGAAAUCCAGCUUGAGGUCCUUCAAGAAACUUGCGACAACCCUUGUACCGAGUGGAGGUGUAUUGAUCAUCGAUCCGAUCAACGGCGGGCAGCUGGCAGCCGAGUGGGGUACGCGAGAGACAUUCAUCGCAGUCGUCACAACAAAUCUUCCCAUGAUCUUCCCACUACUUAAGACUUGGUUCACUCCUUUAUUCCCUAGCUCUUUCCGGUCGAGCAACAACAAAGCGUACCGGAACCCAUCAAGUGGCUUUCGAACGAUUGGUGGCAGCGGGGGUCCAUCAAGUCGCGUUCGGCCAGGGCCGCGAAGUGUGAGCCAUAUUACGACCAACAUGACUUUCGACAAUGGAAGUGAGGGAAAAAUGAUGAACGGAAGCGACGACGUCAAAAUGCAAAAUCUGUGCAGUCAUGGAGCCACAACGCACGCGGCGAACGCGAUCCUGGUUUCAAAGCAAGUCAGCGUGACGACCGAGAAAUGUACUGGUAGGAGCAGGGAUCAUUCGCUUCAUUCUUUGUGA